AUGUCUAAGCACAAAUACGGCUUGCUUCUUUCUCAAAUGUUGGAUUCUCUAUCAAAACCACUGGAAGAAGAACAAGUCUGGGCUUUGUGCUAUAAAAUCUCUCAAAGCCUGUUGACUCAGACAGGUAGUUCGCCAUUGAGUGGUAUACGAAUUACCAUCGAAACUAUUUAUCUUCUAAAAGAUGGAGGAGUUUCGUUUGUUUGUAACGACAGUCAGCUCAAGGAAAAUGUUUCAUACAAACAUACAAAUGAUCUCAGUAAGGUUUUAAUGGCGUGUUUAGAGAAUGGAAGUCCAAAUAAACAACUUCAACGUCAAGUGGGUGGUGAACUGGAAUCACUUCUUUGGAAUUUGUCUUUCGGUGAAUAUGAUCAUGGCGGUUUCCAUUGGUUACGCAUGGUAGACAUGUGUUGCGUCAGACACACUCCCACCAAACUAAUACCAUCGGUUUACUACACUUCAGUUUCGAAAUCCCUUGUUGAGGAAGCAAUAGGAAUGCAUAAUUUUCUAGCUGUCGUUAUGACUGUCAUCAAUCAGGAAAAAUCAAAGGAAGAUUCUUACUUUGCGUUUCAGUUGUAUCAGGCUCGUCCAGUAGUAGGAAACUGGCUUCAAUGUAUGUCAGAAAUACGCCGAGAAAAAAUAAAAAAAGAAAAAACAGAAGAGAGCUCGCCGUCUUAUCAAGCAGAUGCUUUACCUUCCCCGAUCGCCCGUUUCUCAAACAACUCCCUCACGACCAUUGUUGAGAAACAGGAAAACACAGAAAGCAAUUUACAAGUUUUAAAACCAUCAAAUCAGAGCACACCUGCAGCAAUAUGUCGCAAGACACGUAAAAUACUUCGUCCUCCACAACGUUUGGUUAAUCAGGUGACAACUUGGAUGAUGGAAAACAGCCCCGAUCAUGAUGACGACUCAUGUCGUCACGAAGGAUCAGAGUCGUCAGAACAUGAGCAUGUGUCGUCAUCUAUUGGUUGGCUGCAAGAAAUGAAAAGGAUAAGACGUGUUCUUACUGAAUUGCAAAUUGACACGGCAAUGGAUAACGAAAUGACUUAUAAUGCCUUGCGCAACGGAAGUAUGUGUUUUUGUUGUCGAGCGACAAAAUUUACCUUGUUCAGCAGAUCGUAUGGGAUUUGUGAAAUAUGUGAGAGAAAAAGCUGUUUGUCUUGUAUAAGAACUAUAUCUUUGCGAGACUUGAGUAAGGAAACAAAGAAUUCCACUAUGUGGUCACGUGAUUCAGGAAUGAUUUCUCGUGACAGCGAUGAUUGGUCAUGUGAUGUAAGUCAUGUUGAAGCGGGCGGUGUGUUUGGUCAAAUUCGAAGAAUAUUCAAAUUAAAAUCUCAAAAUUAUGAAAAAUUAACGAGUGAAAUUUGCAAAGAUUGUGUUGAAUUUAUUCAAAAAUAUCAUUGACAAUAACCCAAAUAUGUAUGAAAAUCAAAUCUCCGCAAUAUUUAUCAAACAUUUUGACUGGAUUAUUAGUUAUGUAAAUAUGAUAUAUCAUUUGUGAUAUUAAAAAACCUUCAAUUCACCAUU